AUGCAGCAGGCUGACUCGUUUGUUCUAACUAGUUCUGAUGGAAAGUUCCACUUAGUUUCCAAAAAUGGGCUCAUUGAAAAGAGUGUAGAUGCACAUAAUGGAGCUGUGCUUGCUGGCAGAUGGAACUAUGAUGGAAGUGCUCUAAUUACAGCUGGAGAGGAUGGGCAAAUCAAAAUCUGGUCCAAAAGUGGAAUGUUGCGGUCUACACUGGCCAGCCAAGGUUCCCCAGUGUAUUCUGUUGCUUGGGGCCCUGACGCAGACAGAAUUCUGUAUACAUCACGAAGACAUCUCAUCAUUAAGCCAUUGCAGCCCAGUGUUAAAGUCAUACAGUGGAAAGCUCAUGAUGGCCUUAUAUUAAAAGUUGAUUGGAAUGCUAUCAAUGACUUGAUAAUAUCCGGGGGUGAAGAUUGUAAAUAUAAGGUGUGGGAUAGCUUUGGUCGGGUUCUUUACACAUCCGCUCCUCAUGACUAUCCACUCACCUCCUUGUAUUGGGCUCCCGAUGGAGAGGUGUUUGCAGUGGGCUCCUUUAACAUGCUACGACUCUGUGACAAGACUGGAUGGUCCUAUGCCUUGGAGAAGCCGAACACUGGGAGUGUGUUUAACCUGGCCUGGUCUGCAGAUGGCACCCAACUGGCUGGAUCCUGUGGUAAUGGACAUGUCAUUUUUGCUCACAUUGUGGAGCAGCACUGGGAGUGGAAGAACUUUGUGAUCACCCUGACCAAAAGGAAAACGAUGCAGGUACUGAAUGUGAUCAAUGAAGCAGUGGAUGUGUUGGAGUUCCGGGAUCGGGUCAUUAAAGCCUCACUGGCAUUUGGGCAUCUUGUUGUUGCCACUUCUCUUCAGUGCUAUGUUUACAGUUCGAGAAACUGGAAUACGCCGCUCAUCUUUGACCUGAAAGAAGGAACUAUCAGCCUUAUUGUCCAAGCAGAGAAACAUUUUUUGCUGGUGGAUGGAGCAGGCUUGUAUAUAUUUUCAUAUGAGGGUCGCCUUAUAUGUUCUCCAAAAUUUCCUGGGAUGAGGGCUGAUAUUCUCAACGCACAAGGCAUCUCUCUCAACAAUGACACCAUUGCUCUUCGUGAUAAAAGCGAUGAGAAAGUCAUAUAUUUCUUCGACGCCCUGACGGGAAAAGCUUUUGGUGAUGGAAAACCAUUAACUCACAAUAUGGCGGUGGUAGAUGUUGGCCUGGACCAGUGCGGCCCCCGGAAUGAACGUAAAGUUGCUUUCAUAGACAAGAACCGUGACCUUUACCUCACCUCUGUAAAUCAUGGUCAACAGCCUAAAGUUUGCAAAAUUGGGAGUAUGGUCCACUGUAUGCAAUGGAAUGAUUCGGCUAAUAUUUUGUGUGGCAUUCAAGACAAUCAGUUUACAGUGUGGUACUACCCCAGUGUGGUGUUUGUCGACAAGGAACUUCUCCCACUUUCACUCUAUGUAAAAGGAGGAAGUGAGUUUGCCCGGGCACCACACAUUUUGAGCUAUGUCGGCACCAAAGUGACGUUGCGCCAGGGGGAUGGUUCCUUGGUGUACAAUACUGUGCCUCCAUAUCCAGCUCUUCUCCACGAGUACAGCUCCUCGGCACGCUGGGAGGACGCACUUCACUUGUGUCGCUUUGCUAAAGACCAGGCUUUGUGGGCCUGCCUCGCUGGAAUGGCAAUGGCAAGUAAAGAGCUAACAACAUCAGAGAUGGCCUAUGCUGCCAUUGGAGAGCUUCCCCGCGUGCAGUACAUUCGCUUUAUAAAGGAGCAGGCGUCUAAAGAGUCCUGUCUGGCCCAUAUGCUGCUGUUCGGGGGUCAAGUAGCAGAGGCAGAGGCAGUUCUUUUACAAGCUGGGCUUGUGUAUCAGGCCAUACAGGUGAACAUUGACCUGUUCAACUGGGAGAGGGCACUAGAACUUGCUGUCAAACACAAGACCCAUGUGGACACUGUGCUGGCCUUCAGAGAGAAGUUUCUCCAGAAGUUUGGCAGAAAGGAAUCUAAUAAGAGUUUUCUUCAGUACGCAGAAGGGGUUGAUGUGGAUUGGGAGAAAAUCCAAGUCAAGAUUGAGAUGGAGAUAUCCAAAGAGCGAGAAAAAGCAGCUAACGUGUCCCAUAGAGGCAGCACGCCCUCGCGUCGCUAA